AUGUCAUCAGCUAUUGAAAGCCAUCUCUCCCUCUCUUCAACUACCCAGUAUAUAUAACUCAGCUUCAGACCAGUUGACAAGCAUAAAUUGAUCAAUUGCUUUGUGAUCAAGACAAUAGCCAAAAACUAGGGCUAAUUAGGGUUUCAUAAGCAUGAAGAAGCGCGUCGUGAGAAGGGAAGGAUCGAACAGAAGUGCCAGUGCAUCGGUUGUUAGGACCGUCAGAUAUGCAGAGUGUCAGAAAAAUCAUGCAGCCAAUAUCGGAGGAUAUGCAGUGGAUGGCUGCCGGGAGUUCAUGCCAAGCGGCGAGGAGGCGAGCAGCGGUGCACUUAGGUGUGCUGCCUGUGGCUGCCACCGGAGUUUCCACAGAAGGGAUGAGGAAACUGAGGUAGUUUCUGAGUCUUCCUGACUAAUUAAUUUGUCUAUCUCAGUGUUGGCUAGCUAGCUAGGUAUAGCAUAAACUGAUCGAUCUAUUCAAAAAAAGAUCGAGUGGUUUAUAUAUGCGUGUGAGAGAAUUUAAAUUGUCCAUAGUUCUUGAUUUUGUGCUUGAGAUUGUUGUAUAGUGAUUCUGCAAAUAAAUUUCCUCCUUACCAACCGAACGAAUCUGGUACCUACUUAUUCAUUUCGAGGUUGUUUUCGAGGGGAUGAUUAAUCUGCAGGGAUAUAGCUACUUCCAAUUUAUUUCUUUGUUAAGUUAAAGCCCUAAUUUGGUGGCUGGGAAAAUGGGGGACACAUAUUCAACUCAUAGCUCAAAAGGUUUAAUCAAUGUUGUGGUUCGAGUAGGAUGGUGAUAUUUGUGUAUGAAGGAUCAAAUGGUUAUCUCAUACCAUAUAAGUAGCUUAUCUUCUCUUGCUGUGUACAUAUAUACAAGAUGCUUGAUGAAGCAAAGAAGCAUCAUAAACUUGUAUGUGACAAAAAGAACAGGAUACUUGUAUGAAGCAUGAUUUUACUUGGCAAGGAAAAAAAAAAAUUGUACGAUAUGAAGCAUGGUUUUUGAUA